GGUACCAAAUAUUGUCUGGAUUUGUAAUUGCAAACAGGCUUUGUACAUGUGGGUAAAAGAAAGUGAGACAAAAAGUGAUCCAAUGCAUAUAUUUAUCUGAUUUUUCUUUGGGUUUGUUAUCCAAGCCUGAACCAAAGGGCUCAGACCAAAUCAAGCCUGCUUAUGGGUCAGGCCAGAUUCUUCCCAACAUGAUCCGAGUCCAGCAUCAUGAUUCUGGACCCGUCCGACCCGUAUCCCAAAUAAUGAGGCUCCUGGGGCGAGUUUAGAAAGGAGCAGAGCCACUGCCAAAACCUCCUCCAUGAGUAUCCAUGCACAUUCACGAGCUCUCUGAUCAGCCUCAGAGCCUCGCUCUCUGCUACUUCGUGGCUUGCUUCCUUCCCAACGACGUCGCUGCUUUAUUCUAACAUCUCAGAACUUCUUGCAUUUCGUUCACUUCCUUUUCUUGUACUUUUGUUAUUAUAUAUUCGGUGUCUCAUUGGCUCUGGCGGUUACAGUUUCGGAGUCUCAUUUAAGGAGGAGAAACCGCUCUGAGAAACUCUUCAGGCUUUCUACUCUCAGGUUGAUUCGUUCACUUUUAUGCAUGAUCACGUUAUGUUGUUGACUUCUGCUUUGUGCUAUUCAUAAUUGGACUUGUUUACGGUUUUUUUUUUCCCAUUUUUUUGGUUGAUGUUUGGUUUCCGAGAAACGUAGGAAAAUGAGAGUUUUUAGUCGUUCGUUUUCUAGGUUUUUUUUCGAGUCUCGAGGAAGUCAAAUAUUCAAACUUAGCUUUAAUUGCUUUUCGGUUUCGGUUACUCGGUUUCCCCGGGAAGCAAACAUGAUAUCGAAGAAAUCUGGCCUGAAUUUUCGUUAAAUGUGUCUUGCUUUAGGUUUCAGUUGGUUUGCUUGGUAAUUUAUUUUCAUAUUCCUUACAUACUGCUGGAUUGUUUGUACUUUGUUUGAUGUUCGAGAUCCGCUUUAAUUUUCAGGGUGUGUUUGGCUAACUAAUUCAGGAGAAAGAUCAUGGUAGAGAUUAAGAAUGAGAAGGAGUUUUCUAUGGAUUCAGAUAAAGAAUUUAGAGUCGCUUCUUGUUCUUCCUUAUCCGAUGGCAAUUCUGAUACCCCUGUUCUGAGAAGAAGAUCUGUUGUAGGGAGGCGGACUGGUCCAACUAAACGUUCAAGAAGAGGAGGCUGGACAGAAAAAGAGGAUAAUGUUCUAUUUGAAGCAGUCAAAAAGUACAAUGGAAAGAAUUGGAAGAAAAUAGCUGCAUAUCUCCCAGGUCGCUCAGAUAUUCAGUGCUUGCACCACUGGCAAAAGGUUCUGAAUCCUGAACUUGUCAAGGGAUCUUGGACAAAGGAGGAAGAUGACUGUAUAACGGAGUUCGUCAAAAAGCAUGGUUGCAAGAGGUGGUCUCUUAUGGCUAAGUUCUUACCAGGUCGUAUAGGCAAGCAGUGUAGAGAGAGGUGGCACAAUCAUUUAGACCCAGAUAUAAAGAAAGAUGCAUGGACGGAUGAGGAGGAGUCAAUUCUUGGUUAUUACCACCAAAUCUAUGGUAACAGGUGGGCAGAAAUAGCAAGGUUUCUACCUGGAAGGACGGACAAUGCAAUUAAGAAUCAUUGGAAUUGCUCGAUGAAGAAGAAACUCAAUUCACAAUCUAGCGAUGGUUGUCAAUUGGAUAUGUUCAUAAAUAUCUCUCCUGGUUUCUGCAGUCCUGAAUCAAAACCUACAUCUUCAGAUUUCUUCAGUUCUAAAACUGAAGUUGAAUGCAUGAAGGUUAAUGUGGAGGGACAGAGGUUUGGAAAAACCUUCUCUCUUAUUCACGAUAUGGGUUUAGGGCACAGUGUUGACACUUGUCCUACAGAUUUGGUUCUUGGAAAUGCCUAUGGAAGAGAGAUUUGUUCAAUGGCAGAAUCUAUAACUGGUGAGAUUUCAGAAAGAGGGGAAAGUGAACCAUUGGAUCCACUAAAUGGGACACUGUUUGAUGGAACAGGAACUGCUGCAGCUGGUAUCAUCACUAGAUCCUUUGAUGCAUCUGCCUACACUAAACCAUGUUGUAAUUCUGUUGAAGUUCUUCCUGUUGCUGGCAAAAUAUUUGAAUCUCCCAAAAGGUUAGGCGAUUAUGCCUCAGGUCUUAUGAAUACAAGAGUGGGCAAUAAAUCUGACAAUCUAUAUACAACUUCGAUAACGUUGGAACUUGAUGAGGACAUGAGCCAUGUUUGCAUUAAAAACAAAGUCCAUAGAGAUUUGCUGCAUGCUGUAGAUACAAAUCAUGGUUGCUCACCAUCUGAGCCACCUUUGCUGAAUGAUUUGGUUAAUGCUAUAGAAACUGGUGGAUUUCCAAAUUCGGAUGAUUAUUUGAGGCAUCCGAUCACUCCGUUUUGUUAUUCUACUCCCGGUUCCCUUCAACAAGGUAUAUAUGUAUCUGGUAGCAGCCCAGAGUCCAUAUUACGGAACUCAGCAAUGACCUUUAAAAAUACACCUUCUAUAAUAAGGAAAAAGAGUUCCACCAAGGCUGGUAAUGCCAACAUUCCUGAUGUCACCUGCACAUCUGAGUGUCGAGUCUCAUCUAUUUGUGGCGGACAAGAUGUCAAUAGUACAGACUUCCUAAACAUGAAGCAGGGUUUCAGCUCUUUCUUUCAUAGACCUGAAACUUCAGUUGGUUUUGUGUCUCUAGGGAGAUGCCUGGAAUAUGCAUUUGACUUGGAAAAGGAUUCAGUCCCUGCUAAUUGUGGCCGAUCGGUAUCUGCAAGUGCGUCUCAAAAUCCUGAUAUUGGUGCAAAUACAAUGUUGAUACCUUAAAAUGAUUGGAUUGUAAGUGAUUAACUUUACUUUAGAUUUUUACCCUUUUCUCGGCUAUCAACUGAGCCUAAAACCUGUAUUGCAAAGAUCUACUUCCAUUACCAAGGACAGAGUAACUAAGAUCUGAUCGUAUUAAAAAAUUCACAGUUUGUUUCUGUGUA